ACAGAGAGACGGACGAGAAGAGACAGACCGACCACCUGGACAUGGAUCACCUGUUGAUGUUGUUGCUGUUGAGUUCAGGACUCUGGGCUGAAGGGAAACACAACUCAACAGAUCCUCGGUGUGAAACCACGGACAUCGUGAUGUUACUGGACGAGUCAGGGAGCAUAUCCCCAGCUGAUUUUAACACCAUGAAGUCCUUUGUGGCUAAGAUAGUGAGCGGCUUCGACAUCGGUCCAGAUAAAGUCCAGAUUGGUCUGACUCUGUUCAGUAACACCGUAGAGACAAAGUGGCACCUGAACACCCAUCGGACCAAAGAAUCCCUGCUGAAGGCCAUCUACGAUCUGCAACAGAGAGGAGGAGGAACCGAAACAGGUUCUGCUCUGAAGCAUGUCCUCCAUAACAACUUUAGACCUGAUGUGGGAAUGCGUGCAGACUCCAGAAAAGUUCUUCUCUUGAUCACUGACGGAGAGUCCCAAGACGAAACACGCACUCCCUCACAGCACCUGAAGGACACCGGCAUUCAGGUCUACACUAUCGGUGUGCGGGACGCUGACAAAAACGAGCUGUUGUCCAUUGUUUCCAAUCGUGAUGCACUGUACAUCGUCGAUGACUUCUCAUCUCUCAUGUCCAUCACUGACGCCGUCAUCACCAACCUCUGUAACAACAUUCAGAGCUUAGACUCUGUCAGGCUGGUGAACGGGACUAGUCCAUGUUCAGGCAGACUGGAGGUCAAGUCUGACCAGUCUGACCAGCGCUGGUCCUCAGUGUGUGAAGCUGACUUUGACCAGCAGGAUGCAGAGGUGGUCUGUAGGGAGCUCGGCUGUGGGGCUCCUUCAGUCCUCCAGGGGGCGCUCUAUGGAGAAGUGGAGGCUCCAAUGUGGACCAAAGAGUUCCAGUGUGGAGGCCAUGAGUCUGCUCUCCUGGACUGUAGAAGCUCAGGAUCAACUAGAAACACCUGCUCACCUGGAAAAGCUGUUGGACUCACCUGCUCAGAACCUGUCAGGUUGGUGGGAGGACACAGUCGCUGUGCAGGAACACUGGAGCUGAAACAUCUGGCAGAAUGGAGACCAGUGGAUGGAUCUGACUGGACCCUGAAGGCAGCAGGUAGAGCAUGUGGAGAGCUGGACUGUGGAUCUGCUGUUUCAAUGGGAAUGAGAGAAGAGUCCUCAUCUGUAUUUGCAUGGAGGGUCAGCUCUCAGUGUAUUCAGUCUGGAUAUUCCCUGAGGGAGUGUCUAUCAUCAGACUCCUCUUCUUCCAUCAUGGAGAUCACCUGCUCAGAACCUGUCAGGUUGGUGGGAGGAGACAGUCGCUGUGCAGGAACACUGGAGGUGAAACGAGGCGACUGGAGACCAGUUCACAGCUCAUCCCUGACCCUGAAGUCAGCAUCAGCAGCAGUCUGUAGAAAUCUGGACUGCGGAUCUGCUGUUUCUACACAAACAAGACGAAAAUCUUCACUCACACCUGCAUGGGAAAUUAUUUCUCAGUGCAUUCAGUCUGGAUCUGCUCUGAGGGACUGUGUAUCAUUAGGUUCCUUUCCUUCCAUCCUGGAGAUCACCUGCUCAGACUCUGUCAGGCUGGUGAACGGGACUAGUCUGUGUUCAGGCAGACUGGAGGUCAAGUCCAACCAGUCGUGGUCCUCAGUGUGUGAAGCUGACUUUGACCAGCAGGAUGCAGAGGUGGUCUGUAGGGAGCUCGGCUGUGGGGCUCCUUCAGUCCUCCAGGGGGCGCUCUAUGGAGAAGUGGAGGCUCCAAUGUGGACCAAAGAGUUCCAGUGUGGAGGCCAUGAGUCUGCUCUCCUGGACUGUAGAAGCUCAGGAUCAACUAGAAACACCUGCUCACCUGGAAAAGCUGUUGGACUCACCUGCUCAGAACCUGUCAGGUUGGUGGGAGGACACAGUCGCUGUGCAGGAACACUGGAGCUGGAACAAGGAGACUGGAGACCAGUGGGUGGAUCUGACUGGACCAUGAACUCGACAACAGCAGUCUGCAGAGAGCUGGACUGUGGAUCUGCUGCUUCAGCACGAAUAAGAAAAGAGUCCUCAUCUGUAUCUGUAUGGAGGGUCACUACUGACUGUGUUGGGUCUGGUUCUGCUCUGAGGGACUGUCUAUCAUCAGGCUUCUCUUCUUCCAUCCUAGAAAUCACCUGUUCAGAUCCAUCAGUUCAUAUCAUCAGACUGGUCCUCAUGCUGCUGGCUCUGCUGUCGUUCAUCACCGCCAUCUCUUUUGUCCAUAAGACCACCAGGGGGCAGAGGCCAGGCCCAGAGGAGAACAUCGAGCUGGAGGACUUUAACCUCCAUGUUCAUGGAGCUGAAGAGGAAGGAGCCCAGGCAGCAGAGUAGGACCUCCAAAGAGCAUCUCCAUCCAGAGUGAACAGUGUUCAGAUCAAAUGUUUCAUCUUCAUUCUACAGUUUGAUCAAAAUAACUUUUUAGCUUUUUUAUGUGAUUCAUUUAUUGUUAUUAUGAAAAUAUUGAUUACUGUGCAGCUAAUCAAGUGUAAGUGAUAGACGUUCUGCUUGCAUCUCUUCCAAUACAUAUACAGAAAAUAUUUUAAAAUGAGUGUUCAUUUAUUUGCUGCUAUGAAGCAGUGAGCUUGUUCUUUGAAUCUUUUCGACUCAUUGUUGAAUGUUUUACACGUGGGGCGGAGCUGAGCUGCAACAGGCAGAAAAACACAAAACUUUUUCACACGUUUGAUAAAAUGCUGCGUUGUAAGAAAACACAUUUUCUUCAUGUGUCUUCUUAAGCUGCAGUUUGUUGAACUCUCAGGGCCACCGUACAGGAAACACAACCAAAAAUAAAGACACAGCGGAGCAGCCAGUCUGAUUUAUGUUUCUUUAUUUUGGAAAGAUCAAAAUUUAUCAAAGCAGUUUUCUUUCGUGAUAUGAAAACCGUCCAGAAUACCCACAAUUCCUUCUGUCCAUCACACAUUAGUACUGAUUCACUUUAACAUGUUUAUUGGGUCAAUUACAGACAAAAUAACUCAAAAAUACAAAUAGUGUCUGGAUAUUUAUUCUUUUUCUUGGUAUAAAAAUAAGUUCUAAGUGCUUCACACACUUUAAUACUGUCUCUGCUUUGGCAUGUUCACAGCUCGGGUGUCAGCGUGUCAAUUGUAAAAUUCCAGAAACACAAAUUAAGAAAUUAAAGAUCUGCUGAGGAGACGUCAGCAUAAGGAGGCCAAUCAUGUUCCAGUAUUAUCAUUUUGACUCUAAAUCAGAAGCUAAGAGACGUGGGUGUAAACGCCAUAGCUACCAUCUCUCCCUAACCUUUAACUACAGCGAGCGUUGGCGCUCCUGGGCUCCCUUUGCAGAAGGUUCCGGAUCGCAGCUUUCGUAGAAACAGAACAAACAACGCACGACGCGAACGUGAAAAUACUGAAACACGGUUAAAAAAAAAA